AUGCCAGUCGUGGGAUUUCUCUCCUUCUCGUUCUCUGGUCGUCGGUUUCGUCUCCCGUCCAGUCCAGCGUCUGCGGGCACGCUCGAGAAGCUCUACCUCGAGCCCAUCAAGAAGAUCGAAGGCACGGUCACCCUCCCCGGGUCCAAGUCCAUGUCCAACCGCAUCCUCCUCCUCUCCGCGCUCGCGGAGGGUAAGACGAAAGUCCUGAACCUCCUCGACAGCGACGACAUCCGAUACAUGGUCGACGCGCUGAAGCAGCUCGGACUCGAGAUCACGGAAGAUCGCGCGAACAACAUCCUCGAGAUCGAAGGCUGCGCCGGGAAGAUCCCGGUGAAGGGCGCGGAGCUCUUCCUCGGGAACGCGGGGACCGCGAUGAGGCCCCUCACCGCGGCCGUCGCCGCCGCCGGCGACGGAACCUUCAUCCUCGACGGCGUCGAACGCAUGCGAGAGCGUCCGAUCGAAGAUCUCGUCGACGGACUCAAGCAGCUCGGCGUCGACGCGGAGUGCACGAUGGGCACGGGCUGCCCCCCCGUCAAGGUCGUCGCGAACGGCCUCCCCGGCGGCCGCGUCGAGCUCAAGGGCUCCGUGAGCAGCCAGUACCUCACCGCGCUCCUGAUGUCCGCGCCGCUGUCGACGGGCGACAUCGAGAUCGUGAUCACGGACAUCCUCGUCUCGAAGCCGUACAUCGACAUGACGGUCAAGCUCAUGGAGCGCUUCGGCGUCGAGGUCGGCGUCUUCGACGAUAUGCAGCGCUUCGUCGUGAAGGGCGGUCAGACGUACAAAUCCCCGGGAGAGGCGUUCGUCGAAGGAGACGCGUCCUCGGCGUCGUACUUUCUCGCCGGCGCGACGAUCACGGGCGGGAAGGUGAAGGUCAUCGGGUGCGGCACGGAUAGCUUGCAGGGUGACACGAAGUUCGCGGACACGAUGGGUUUGAUGGGCGCGAAGGUAGAGUGGGGCAAGAACGACGUCACGGUCACGGGACCGGGCGGGAAGUUGAAAGCGAUCGACGUGAACAUGAACGCGAUGCCGGACGCGGCGAUGACGCUCGCGGUCGCGGCGCUGUACGCGGACGGCGUCACUACCAUCCGCGACGUCGCGAGCUGGAGGGUUAAGGAGACCGAACGGAUGAUCGCGAUCUGCACGGAGUUGAGGAAGCUCGGGUGCGACGUGUUCGAGGGUGAGGACUACUGCGUCAUCACGCCUCCGGCGAGCGGGAAGAUCAACGAGGGCAUCGACGUCGACACGUACGACGAUCACCGCAUGGCCAUGGCUUUCUCCUUGGCCGCGUGCGGGGGUGUCGGGGUGACUAUCAACGACCCCACGUGCACGAAGAAAACGUUCCCCAACUACUUCGACGCGCUCGCGGAGGUGUGCGUGUGAGCGAGACGAUCGAUCCUAACUCCGUCACUGAUUAUUAAUAAGAGUUCUCCUCUCUAAGCGUAAAGAAUAGGCUCAAUGACCAGGCGGCUGCGUCACCUGGUUGAGCUCCGCGAAGCGCAUGCUCACGCGGGACGAGUGCUUCAAGAAUUUCUCGCAGCACUUGCUAACACACUGCGAAGACGCGGGCAGGGCGGGGGCGUCAGCGAAGAUUUGGAAAGGAGAUCUGCGUACGUGGUCGAUCGAGAAAGGCACGCACCCUCUCCUCGUCUUUCUCGAGCGUCUUUCGCCUGAAGCUCUGCACGCACGUGUCGAAGCAUUUCUCCACGAGGUUGUUGUACAUACGUAGACUAUCGCGGGUUUGCAUCCCCUCGAUCAUCGUCGCCAUGCGCUUCUCGUCCUCAGGCGAGAUGCCCUGCAUCUGCUGGUUGGGAUCCAUCUGUGCCGCGGUGUUUUAGGGUUACGCCUGCUGGCGUCUCGUCGCUUCUCCUCGAGCUCGCUCGCGGAUCGCGUGUGCGUAGCGACUUUCGCCUCGCGUACACCUGAUGAAGUCCGGUAGAAAUCGGAGCUUCGAUC